AUGACACCUCUACACAGCAUCGACGCUCCUCGUGCUGCCGAUUGCAUCGAAUCCGCUGUCGACAGCAUCGACAAUCCACGCGAUCAUCUCAAACCGCAUGUUGAUGAUUCCUCCGUUCGCUGUUCUCCUCUUUCGAGCCGCUCUUACUCCCCUUCUGAAAUUCUGCAGUACUACGUUACUACUUCCUCUGUCAACAAGACCGAUACAAUAGAAAAAUUCCAAGCGGAAGUGCUCCGGGCGAUAACACACAACACUCCUGGUGAUCAUCUCUUUACACAUGUGCCUCCCUGCUGGGGUUUGAAAUGCUUUAAAGAGCUAGACGAGUUUUACAACUGCAGAAAAACUUGGAAUAGUGUUGACCUCACCCUUCGAAUUAAAACUAUGCCGGCACAGGUACACGAUUCUCACCAUGGGUGGAUUGGAAUAUCGAUGCAGCGAUGGGCAGUGACGCCAAAUCUGUGGACGGAGGCCGAGGGCCUCCUCUGCGUCGCCCAAGUUGGUACAACCAUUGAAUACACUUCGGGGCCGUUAGUGGGUUCCAAGAAAGAACCUGAUCUUCUGUUUGCAGUCAACCGACAGAAGUAUCCGACAUUUGCUAUUGAGGCAGGCUGGUCAGAAUCUGCCCCCCGCCUCAUCCAUGAUAAAGACCUCCUGUUUAAUGGCGCGCAGGGCGACACUCAAGUUGUCAUCACAAUUAAGUGGAGAAAGAAUAUCAACUAUCAAGUUUCAGGAAGUUUGAAAGUAUGGCGUUGGGGACAAGCCAGCCCGCUAGAGAUGACCAUCUUUCCCCGGCCUGUGAAUGGCUCAUUGGAGGAAAUCCAUUUAUCUCGCAGUGAAGUCCUGGGCCAGUCUAUUCAACCGGGACGUAACGCCAGUGAUAUUCUUCCCCUGCGACUAGACCAUUUGCGACAUAUUGCCGCGGAUAAGCUGGCUGUCAUGGGUUUGACCCAUACCUGA